GUACUUUUUAGGAAUGUCUUUUUGAAAAUAUUUUCUAUUUCGGAUCAAAAUAAUGAUCUAAUUUAAGAAUGAUAGCAUAUCAUAGUCUGAUUAUACUGGUUCUGUUAAAUCGAGCAAACUGUUUAGAAUUUACAAUCGGUGCAUUGUUAAGUGAUGAUGAGGUUAUUUCUGGUUUUAAAAGGAUGGUUUCAUCCGUCAGGGAUAGCGUUUAUGAUGAUGCAAUCACUUUCAAAGCUGCUGGAGAGACUCUUGCUCUAAAUGCUCUUAAAGCGACAAAUCAGGUCUGUAACCUGUUCAAUUCUUCAGAGGGUCGAAUGUUCGCUCUAAUAAUCUCCCAUCCAAAUGGAGCACCUGGAUCUGCACCUUUAUCAGUGUCAUUUACCUGUGCAUUUUAUCACCUACCGGUUAUUGGAGUUAGUGCAAGGCACUCAAUUUUCAGUGACAAGUACAGCCAUGGCAGCUUUCUCCGUACAGUUCCACCAUUCAGCAAUGAGGCAUCUGUUUGGGUUGAUUUAAUAAAAGCGUUUGGUUGGCGCGAAGUCUGUGUAAUUCAUUCAGAUGACCAUGAUGCCAAAAAAGUGUUGUCGUACUUAGAGUCCGCUUCUCAGAGAGGAAUAGACUUCAAGGUUAGUCAAUGGUCAUUUCUUUAGUGGUUUGUCAUUGAAUUAAUAUGGAUCUAAACUCUCAUCUCAUUAAAUAUUGAUGGGAAAAAUAUAGAAUAUCCACAACUUUUUAAACUUAAUUACAUGCUUCUUCAAUUCAGACUUCACAACUUACAGAAAGCCUCUACUGGUUAAUGACAGUCUUCUUCGCGUUUCAUAAUCCAAAAUUGUUGCAGUUUACCUCUCCUUAUUCUGCUUUUGAAAUUAAAAAAGACUCAUUUCAUGACAAAAUAGCCCCUAAAAAUCGUCAAAAAUAAUUAUAAGGAAGAAGGCGGAUCGUCUGAUUUUCCUCACCUGUUCUUAUAGCUUAGUUUCUACGGUUAACUUUGUUUCCUUUGGUAAGUUAAAGUAAUUUUUCGGAAAAUUCCGCCUUUGGUGUUGUCGGAGUUUUAAAGUCUAGUCGGCUGUUUGGUAAGAGCUUCAGAUUUGGACAUUGAUCACUCGGAAUGACUGUCUUUACUAAUUACAAGUAACAUAUUCAGGUACUUAAUUUGUUUGAUUUUCAUGUGUGAAUGACAAUCAUCAUAAGUCGUUGUUUAUCGAACCUACAUUGCAAUGAUAAACAAAAUAAUUCUCAGUUGCAUGUAACAUAUGGAAAAGGUAGUUUACGUAGAUGUAUCAAGACUUGCAGCCAUGUAAUAUUUUUACUUUGAAAUCAGUGAAAUCUCAUGUUGAGUAAAUGUAGACCAGACGAAACAGUAAUAUAUUAGGCAGUGAUAUGUUUACUCAUGCGUUGUGUUCGUGCCACAUCGAUUGGUUCGAUAUUUUAAUUCUUACUCAACCUUCUUAAACCCAUAUAAAAUAUGGAUGUCUUCACAUAAGUUAUCUGUCUUCACUUAAAGGCAUCCGAAAAACUAGUAGCACCCAGCCCAUCAAUGAAGCUACAGUUUGAGCUAUUUAGUUAAUGAGCAGCGGUUAGUCUUUGACAAGGUUACAUAUAGCCUAGUUAUGCAUCGUAGGUCGUAAGAGUCUGAAGGGUAGCAUGUGUGAGAAUUUUUAAGCUGGAGACAUAAAAAAGGUCGUAAGCUGAGGACUCAACAGGAUAACUUAAGGCGUUUACAUUUAAGCAAGUGAUACGACUUAGCAAAUAUACAAACGUUAAACUGCAUCAGUUAGGCAUAACUUAGCAGCAUUAACGUUUUAAAAGCAUGAUAUAUUGAUUAUCUAUUUGAUAUUAUGUUAAUUCUGAACUAAAGUUUUACCUAUGCCAGAGAUCUUCAUCAUACAACCCUCCGUUUUUCCGAAUCUGGUUCCCCUAAUAUUAUAUGUUGUUAAGAUUAUCGUAAGUCCUUAAACACGAUAAUCAGUCAAAAUUUUGAAAAUAUUUUUGAUUUCAAGAAUAAAACAAAAAGGGUAACACUUUAACUUGUCACAAUUUAAUUUAUAUUGAGACAAGACUUUUUUAUGACUGAUGUAAGUUGUUUGGGGUGACUGGCAUAUUAAAAAUAUCAGUGUCGGAUUGGCAUCCUUGUCAAUGCACUCACAUUUUAGAGUGUAAAGCAGUUAUUCUGAGAUCAAGAUCAAAGUUCAAAAGAAGUAAUUACGUUUGUAACAAACGCAGUACUAUUAUUCAGAAAACAGAAGGCCGUCACUACAAUUAUAAUACGAUAUUUUUACCAAACUAUUUCAGUUCAUUUAGUUUUUGGUGUAUCUGCCACUUCUGUGGCGAUCAGUCUACUAAACCUAUUAGUUUGCUCUUUCAGUAAUGUCGAAAAAUUAGCGCUUCAUGUUUUUUUUGGAUAAAUCAUAAUCUUUACAAACAUUCUUCACUCUUUCCACAAUAUUUUAACUAACUAUAAUAACACCACUACUUAUUUAAGUUAAGCUGACGUUUCUAAUUUAUAGGUAUUAGUAUGGAAAGAAGUGUUAUUAGUUUUGAUUAAAGAAUUGGAUUACUGCACAGAGAAAAUCGCAUUUGUCUAGAGAUUUUAUUUAUAAAAUAAGCGCCUUAUGUGGGCUUUACUUUUCAUUCACAUUUUUGAGAUGGUCCAGCUAGCGUUAGAAACUAAUACUACAACGGUAAAUAUUUAUUUUUCUAAUGUAUAUAAUAUCGAAUUUCUCAUAGAAAACAACAGGAAAGAACUGAAAUUUUACUCUUUAGAUUGAGUCAUAUAUCUUCUUUCAUAUGAUCUAGAUAAAAUGGUUAAAGAAUUAAAGUGCGGGGAUUUGGGUACUAACCACUAUCACUUUCGUCAUCUCUAAAGAUUAUGUGAUUCUUCAGUAUUACUGAGUCCAAGGAAAUAUAAUUUGUUCUAAGCAUUAUAUACUGUAGUUUUAUACGAAAUAUUUUAUAUUACUGAGUGCCUUUUAGUCUCCUUGAACACUUGCUACUUUGUAAUGUGAAGGUAGUUCUGUUAAAUACUUUCAAAGAUUACUCGUCAAGUUGCUAUCAAUACAGAUGAAGAGGAUGCUGCUCAAAUGAAGGAUUUUAUCAGUCUCCUGCAACCAGUUCGAAACGAACAAACACGAGUUAUUUUGCUGUUUUUACGCCGCAAGUUUGCAGAGUAUGUGUUUUUGGCUGCACGUAAACUGGGCAUGCUGGAGGCAGAAUGGGCUUGGAUUGUCACUGAACAGGCUUUGGAUGCUUCAAAUAUACCAAAUGGUGUGAUUGGUGUCCGGUUACUUCAAGUUACCGAACUAGAUCACGUUGCCGAUGCAGUCAGAAUCGCCACACAGAGCAUUCUUCACUUAGUUCGUACUGAUUAUGAUGCGAUGAAACAUCUUUACUCAGUUAAAGCAUGUAGUGAUAAUCCUUCAGAAAUUCAAUCAAAAUCAAAGCUACCUGGUAAAUCGACUUAUAUGUGGAAGGAUUACGCAGCCAAGCUCUUCCGAGACAUGUUAGCAAUGAAUUUAACUGAUGGUCGAACUGGUCAUUUGGAAUUCAAUGAAUAUGGUGAUCGUAUUAAACCAAUUUAUGAUAUUGUAAAUGCUCAAAUAACUAAUCAGGACAUAAAUAAUUUAUCUGCACAAAAAUCAUUUGAGUUUGAACGGCCAACAUUAGUUUCUGUUGGAAGUUACGGUGUACAUCAACCAACCCCUAUGGAAUGGUUAUCUGAUGAACCUCAUCCUUCUCUGUUGUCAAUCAAUUUAAGUAAAUUAAUUUGGCCGGGUAAUAGUAUUGUAAAACGUCAACAGUUGGUAUGUAUACAACGUGCUAAUGAUGGAAAAUGUCAAAAAACUGAAAAACGACUGGUACAUGCAGCACCGAUUAGUUUUAAAAAGAAAACACAUUUAAAAGUUGUAACUAUUGAAAGUAUACCAUUCGUACAAACUCGUCCAAAAUUAACUGAUAAGUGUAAUGAAUCUGAUGAUCCCUUAGUUUUUAAAACUGAAAUUGAAUGUACUCAUACUGACCCGACUACUGGCGUCAAGAAACAUUAUUGCUGUUAUGGUUAUUGUAUUGAUCUUCUCCGAUUAUUGGCUAAUAGGACUGGACUAGAAUUAACUUCUACACCAUUCACAUAUGAUUUACAUUUAGUUGGUGAUGGACAAAUAGGUGAUGUUGAUGAAAAUGAAACACAUAAAUGGACUGGUAUUAUUGGUGAAAUUUUGUCUGGUACAGCUGACCUAGCUGUUGCACCAGUCUCUAUUACACCGGAAAGAGCUGCACGAGUUGAAUUCACUAAGCCAUUCAAAUAUUUGGGAAUAACUAUUCUAGUGAAGAGAGAACGUGCUCGAUCCAAUCUUGGUUCAUUCCUUCAACCUUUUGAAAGUUCACUAUGGGUUCUUGUAGCCUUAUCUGUACAUGUUGUCGCUUUUGUAUUAUAUUUGCUCGAUCACUUUUCACCAUUUAGUCGAACAAACUCUGAUCUUGAUAUGUCUGUCGAUGGAAGUGGCAGUCAUUCAACUUUACGCCAGUUUGAUAAUGAAAAACAAACUAAUGACAAAAAUACACUAACUCUAACUCACCUGCGACAACAACAACAAAAAGAAGACGAAGAAGGUAUGAAUUUAAGUAGUGCAGUGUACUUUGCUUGGGCUGUAUUAUUAAAUUCUGGGAUUGGUGAAGGUACUCCACAUUCAUUUAGUGCUCGUGUUCUUGGAAUGGUAUGGGCUGGAUUCGCUAUGAUAAUAGUAGCUAGUUAUACAGCCAAUUUAGCUGCAUUUCUUGUUUUGGAUAGACCUGAAGCGUCUAUUUCUGGAAUUGAUGACGUUCGACUUCGCAAUCCUCAAAAAGAUUUUCUAUUUGCAACGAUUCGUGGUAGUCCUGUAGAAAUGUAUUUUAAACGACAAGUUGAAUUCGCUACCAUGUAUCGUGUUAUGGAAACAAAUAAUUAUGAUUCAGUAGAAGAAGCAAUUCAGGCCAUUAAAUCUGGCUCACUUAAAGCUUUCAUAUGGGAUUCAGCAAGAUUAAAUUAUGAAGUUUCCAUUGAUUGUGAAUUGAUUACUGCUGGUGAGGUAUUUGGUCGUAAUAGUUAUGGCUUAGUGAUGAAAAAAAAUAAUCCCUGGUUAUACGAAUUGUCACAAGCAGUGUUAAAUUUUCAUGAAAGAGGUAUAAUGGAAACAUUGGAUACCAAAUGGAUACAUAUCAAAUCCAAUAACUGUGAACGAACUGAAUCAAGUCCAGCAACUUUAGGUUUAACCAAUAUGGCUGGUGUAUUUAUCAUGAUUGGUAUGGGGUUAGUAGCUGGGGCUAUACUGACGUUUGUUGAGGUAUUGUGUACGAAACGUAAAUGUGAACAAAAGAAAAAACAUGAACUAUCCACUUCAACAAUACAACAAUGGCGAGAUGCUGUGCAGAAGCGUCAAAAUGAAAGAUAUUUUCUGAACACUAUGGAUAAACAAAUGCAAUUAUGUCACAAUACAGAAAUAUCCUUUGACGAUGUCAUUCACCACUCAGUUGCUGUUGAUAAAAAUAAUUUAGACUCGUCUGCUAUUUAUUGUACUAAUAUGAAAGAUAAACAAUCAAAUAAUCCCAAACCUAAUCUUUCAAUGAAUAUGAAGGAAAAAUAUUCAGUUAUAGAAGAUGAUUUAUUGUCCAAUAAAGGUCGAAUAACUCGUAAGCGUAAAGCUAGUGAUUAUAGCUGUGAUGAUAAUGAUGAUGAUGGUGACAAUGAUGCGUUAGACAGCUCACUAUCUUUUGCUAUGCAAACCUCAAAAAAUAAUUUGAAACAAAUAGGCGAAAAGUAUUGUGUUACUACUUAUCGUUGCGAUCAAGUUAACAAUCAUGAGAAUAAUGAUAAAGUUGAGCUGGAACAAGAGGAAGACCGGGUAGGACAGGAGGGUUACGAAGAAGAAGAAGAAGAAGAGUUUAGUGAACUUAUUCAUCGCUCUGGUACUUUUACUGCUAAUAAUAAUAUGAACAAUAUCAAUCAUUACCAAAGAUCAAAUAUUAUUUCAGCUGUUUAACACUUUUCAGGACAAAAUAGAUAUAAUUAUAAAAAACAUUCAAUUAUUUGAAUUCAUGAAUUAUUCUUCGCAUGAACUUAUUAUCAUACCUUAAAUAGAAUUGUUGUUAUUAUUACAUAAUUAGGAUUGCAAUAACUCCUUCUCUAGAGUUUCAUGCGCAUUAAUCCAUUUCAAUGAUCGUUCUACAUUAAAACUUAUCCCAUGUUGUUCUGUUUUAAUUUUAUGUUACUUUUAGAGUACACUCUUCAGAUUAUACAUAUAAAUAUAUAAACACAUAUUUAAAAAUAUUGUUUAUCUGUGUUAACGUAGUUUAUUUUGAACACUUUGAGUAUAUCUGUGUUUAAUAAUAAUAUAGAGUGUAUGCUUAGAAGGCUAUAUUGCCUAUUGUCAUUCCUUUUCCAUUUGUCUCUCUAUUGAAAAGCUAUGCUUAGUUUUAUUGGAUAUUUUAGAAGAAAUAUAUAUUCAUGUAUUGUUAUUUGACAUUUCAAAUUCAUAGACUUUUGAUUUUUUUAUUUUGCUUCUUCACUACUUAUAAAGAUUAAUACGAGAUGACAAAGUUUGAUCUCGCCAGUUUAUAUGUGAUUCUUUUCAUUUUCUUAAAACAACUUAAUUAACUUGCUUCCCAAUUCAUUUAAUGUUCUUUUCACUUAACUGUGUCGUAUUGUUUUUAUUGUUUAGUUUAAUGACAUAACAUAAAUUACUUCAUGAC